AUGAAUGACAGCCUGUUUGUCAGUUUGGACAGACUUUUGCUAGAAUUUGUUUUCCAGUAUGAGCAAGAUAUAAGCACUAAAGAAGAUAUGCUUCAACGAAUUAAUAAAUGCCUCGAAGAUAUUAAAGAAAACAAGGCAACUAUUUGUAAGAUACAUGAAACUAUAAACACAACAGAUGAGGAAAUUGGUCAUUACUGUAAACAUAGUAAGGAGAUCAAAGACAACUGUAGUAACUGGAAGCCAACAUGUGAUGUUUUUCAUAAGCAUGAAGACUAUAUGCAGGACCAAUUUACUAUUUGUCAAGAAACUAUUGAAAAAGACAAAAAAAUGUACCAUGGUUAUAUAUGUCAGUAUAAAGAUGUUUUGAAGCAGUAUCAGUUAAAAUACUCAGAAACACCCCUUUCACAAGAGUAUUAUAAGAAGAAAAGAGAACAUGAAGAAAUUCAAAAUAGAGUAUUGGCAUGUACUGAACAACUAAAAAUAAAUGAAACUAUCUUUAUGGAAUUUCUAGUGCCUGCUCCUUUUCCAUCACUUACUAAAUGGACAUUGCAUAUGGCUAACAUGAGAUGUAAGACACAAGAUAUUCUUAAACAUGCCAGCGAUUAUUCCAAAAGUUCAUCUGAAUUGAAGAAAGAAGUAGAUGAAGUGGAAAUAGAAAUUAAUUAUUUUAACCAGCAGAUUGCAAGACUCCAUGAAACUAAGAAUCUUGGAGAAACUCUGGAAGAAAAAAAUAAAAAUAUAGAAAAGAUAAAGGAAUUGAAAGAAAAGGAUAGAAUUUUUGAAAAAGAUGAACAACCUGCACUUAUAUUGAAUAAAACCCCUCAAAACAGUCAAUUAUUUCUUCCGUAUGAAUCUCAGAAAUUAUUCAGACUAAUGAAGAUGCAUUCUUCAGAACCAAGAGUUAUAGAUAAAAAAGAAGAAAGUUCUGUGAAGCAGGCAAAGCUUGCCAAUAUUGACUUUAGACAGAAAGAAAACAAUGUGCAGGUACUUAAUGACUUUACUCUGAAUGACCAUUCAAAAUGCUCAAAUUCUGUGGCUAUUAAAAAUUCUCAAAAUAUGAUGCAUUUCAGAUUGUUAACCCCACAGAAACAAUCAAAUUGCACUCAGUGGUUUGAAAAAGGAGAUACAGAUGCUGAGAGUGAAGAUAAAGGGACAGUAAGACAAUUGAGAGAAGCAAAGUGUACUUCACAAGUUAUAUGUGCAGAACAUUUUGAGAAGCCAAUAGAAAAUAAUAGUGAUGAAGUAGAAGAAAGGGCUGAGAACUUUCUACAAACCUCUGAAAUUCCUUUAUUUUUAAAAACGCCUGAAGCUGUGAAAACACCUGAACCUUUGGAGAAAUUAUUAUUCCCUAAAACCCCCUCUUUUGAAAUUAAUAGAAACAGAAAUAUAAUGCCUGAAGGUCAAACACAAAAGGAAUCUCCUGGAUUUUCUUUUCUUACAAAUUAUACUUCUAGAUCUCCUGGAUUGAAUUUGUUCGAUUCUACUAUAUUUGAUUCAGAAAUCUCAUCAGAUCAGUUUAAUGAACAUUAUUCUGCUGGAAAUUUAAAUCCUCUCUCAUCACAACAAGAAAUUGGAAACUUAUUUGGAAAACCAGAAGGAGAAGAUGCUUUCACAUUUUCUUUUUCAUCAGACUCUUCAACUCAUACAUUUGGAACUGGAAAAGAUGAUUUUAGUUUUCCAUUUUCAUUUGAACAGGAUCAAAACUCAACACCUUCUGUAAAAGGUUUUUCGUCUUCCUCACAAAGUACAACACAAUUUACUUUUUUUUGA